ACCAGCCUGCCGCCGCUGGUCCAGGGCCCGCCGCGCUGCUUCCUCCGCUGCACCGUCUCCCGAGUUCUCUGGACGGGCCCCAAGCCGCCCCCCACCUUUGUCCGCCUCAGGUGGUGGGGGGAAACCUCCGAAGGGACCGUUUUCCAGCUCCCCGGGAGAACCACGGCCCGCUACGCCGUCCGCUGUGGGCCCGGGCAGUUUGCUGCCUACCUGACAGAUAUGGGUGUGCUUGUCCUGGAGGUCAUGACCAAACCUGACCAUCUUCCAAUUGGCAGAGUGCAAAUCACUGGACUGUCCCAGCUCUCUCCCAGCAAACCAAUAAAUGGAUUUUUCAACAUAGUUUCACCAACAUCUGAUAAACUAGGAGAGCUGCAGGUCUCGCUCGUUCUAGAACCUCUGCCAGAAGUGUACGACACCAGCAGCUCUGUCCCGACCACGGAUGGGAGUUUAGAUAUGGCUCCUGCCCAGGGAGGCACCAAGCCUCAGCUUCAGGCUUCCUCACAGCAGGCCAGGCAGCCACGGGUGGCUGUUGAUGACCAAGAGGCUGAUAACAAGAGCAGAGCCACGACUCCCAGGGGAAAGGGCCAUUUGCUCUUUCAAGAGAACUCUGAAAAUAUAAAGGACGCUUUCUCUGCAUCUUGUCGCCUGAUGGUACCAGAUGAACGUUUGAAAGUGAAUCCUUCAGCCCAGCAAGUGCCAGUCCCCACCAGCAGUGACCCUGGAGCACCUGCAGGGACAGCCGUGCGGGUGCUGUCUUUGCACAACCCAGCUACCAAAGACCUGCUCUCAGCUCUUCUGGAUCAAGGCAAUAAACUCCGGGAUGCCAUGGUUGUUUCUGCAAUGAAAUCUAGCCCAGACAUGGAGAUUGAACUGAAUGAAGUGCCUCCUUUUAUACAGAGAGACCAUUUCAAAUCACCAGCAAAGAGCCCUAAAGGCUUGAACUCAAAUUUUGUGCCCACUCCUGAGGAUCCCCAUCUCUUCACAUCUGAAAUUUCAGGUAACCCAUUGGACCUCAACUCUGAUGAGAGAGCAAUACAGUUACUCUUGGGCAGUGGUGAUUUUUCUCCUGUGCCUUUCUGGGAUCAGACAAGUUCCCUUCUGGAUUCUCUGUCUCUUGGGAGUGAGGUGUAUGACAGUGAGCUCAAUGAUCCCCAUUAUGACCAGAGUCUGCUGGAGAGUCUUUUUUACUCAGCUCCUAAAUCUGAUUCCAGUUUAAGUGAUUUCCUCAGCGAUGAUGAUGUGAACUCCUCCAAAAAAGUGACCAAAAGAGAAGCUCUGAAGAAAGCUGACCCCAUGAUUCUGCAGGAGGAUUCUGAUAGCUUUGAUCGGGGUCAGGUGACAAAAGUGAAUCCCAGCUGCUCUCCUACAAGACUACUUGCUCCUUCAGAAGAUCACAGAGAAACAGCUCAUGUCACAUCCUUGAGUGCAGACAGGUUGGCAUUGCUGGAGCAAAUACACCUGGCCAGAGUCAUCAUUGACAGCUUGAAAGUCCCUCCUGAGAGCAUCCAGAUUACACCAAGAAAGAAAGGCAUAGGGGGGAAGCCUCCCCGGCCUGUUAAGUGUACCUUCUUUGUUGAGUACCACUUUCCUAUGGGAGCCUCCAAGGAUGACAAAGGACAGGUCUCCAUGACAACAGAAGUAGUUCGGAUAGCUUCAAGCAAAAUCACAGAUGAUGUGGUGAAGUUUCAGCAGCGGUUCGUGUUCCCUCUGCAUUUUGGUGGGAUGAUGACGGAGCACUGGUGGAGCUCUGACCUUGCUUUUAAAAUCUACAUGAGGAAAAGCACACAGAAAAAGCCGGUGGCCAUUGGCUCAGCAGCGCUUCAGCUGCGCCAGGUUCUUCAGUCCGAGCUGCUCACUGUCAGCUGUGAAAUCCCUGUGGAAAAAGAGGGAGGCCAGACACAAGUUGGACCACUGAAGGUCUCCUUGGAGCUCGCAGCUGACAACAAGGACUUCCCCUCCACCACUGCCAGGUCGGCCGUGGCUGCACCCCCUGUCCCAGCCCACGCCAUUAGAAGUCCUCGGCUGGAAUUCCAGGAGCCCAACAGGAGGAGUGGAAGAGGAGAAACCCUUCCUUGCUUGAGGCUCACCAACGGUGAGGACUUCCAGAAGACUGGAGCAGCCAGCACAAGCACCGUGCCCCCACCACAGGCUGUACCAACCUCUGUAGCCCGUAACCUCAUGACACAAAUAAGUGCACCUGAAGAAGACGGGUUGUUACUGCACGUGCUGCUGAUGGUGCCUGAUGGAAAGGAUUUUGUUGCUGAAAACUCCAGUAUCCACAGUUCUUGUAACGUGUAUUUAACCUGCAAGCUGCUCAGCACCGAGGAGGCAACGAGAUCUGCUGUUGUGUGGGGCACGACACAACCUGCCUUUCAUUUUUGUCAGGUGAUGCCUUUUCCCUUGACUCCCAAACACUUGGAGCGCCUCAAGAACAACGUCAUGAUUAUUGAAGCAUGGAACAAGAUGGGAAGCCCUGGCUGUGACAGGCUGCUGGGAUUAGUGAAACUUCCUCUGCAUCAGUUUUACAUCUCAUUCAAAGAUCGUAAGAUUUCCCAGCUGCUCCUUCAGGCUCAGUACCCCGUGGUUGCUGUGGACAGCUACAUGCCCGUGGUUGAUGUGUUUUCUGGCAGUAGAAGGGGAAGCCUGAGGGUCAUUCUGGCCAUGGGCUCAGCUGAUCAAAUUGUGGCCCUGCAGAGGCUAAAAACGGAAGGGGGGCUGGUACCUCCCAUCACACAGAGACCUUCCCACGCUCUGGACCCUCCUCCUCCGCAGCCCACAACGCAGUUGACCCAAGAAGGGGAAGACCUGAUGGAGCAUGUGUUUGAGUUCCAUGUGGAGAGUGUGAGAGGACUCAUUCCCUUGCAGUCCACCGUGUGGGGAGAGGCUGACUGCUACAUACAGUACUAUUUCCCAGUGCAGGAGCCUGGUCAUGGUGCACUGCAAGGAUCUGAACUGCAGGAGCAUGGCCUCAAAUUAAAGCCCUUUCGCACGGCAACCACUCUGUGUGUCCCUGAUCCCGUCUUUCAUGGCGAGCACCAUCACUCUUUGUUGGCUCCUGCCGAUGUCCCAGUCCAGAGGCUCCUGGUGAGUGCGUUUAUGGCACCAGCAGCGGCUGGAGGAGGAAUCCAGUUUGAAGUCUGGUGCAGGUAUUAUUACCCAAAUGUCAGAGACCAGAUGGUUGCCAAAGGGACCUUGCCUUUGUCACGGCUCUGUGCCAUGGUGACUAUGCAGCAGCGGGAAGAAAUUGGGAUACAGACUUUCAGUCUUCCAUUGGUCCCCAGGACUGAGUCCUCAGAGGAAUUUCAUCUGCGAUCCUCAGGCUUGCUUGAUCUGAGUGUGAGAUACCAACGAUCCAUGAGAACAGCAGCAGGAACAGCUGCUCAAGCUGUUUCUCUUUCUGUGCAGAUCCACAGAGCAGCUGGUUUGCAAGCAGCAGCUAGAGCUGUGGCACAGAAGAACCCUUCAGUCCAGUACUAUGCAGGCGUGGGAGUUAAUGCUUAUGUCUCUGUGCACCUCUCCUUCCUGCCUGGGGCAGAGAGAUGCAGCACACGAGUUGUGGCUUCUACCUUCUGCCCUGAGUUUGAGCAUCACAUGGAGUUUCCUUGUAACCUCAUCAUUCAGAAGAGCAGUGGAGAAGCUGCUUCUUUGGGGGAACUCUUGCAGUCUGCCAAUAUCAUCUUCUCCAUCUACCACCAGAGCACCAAGUCAGCCCCUGAGACACUGACAGCUCGGACGUCCAGAGAUUGUCUUCUUGGGACAGCCACAGUUCCAACCAGAGACCUGCUGAGAAGAAGAUCAGGUAUCUCAGGCUGGUACCCAGUUACCCUCCCUGAAGAUCUGAUGCCUUCAGACUGCACGAGCAUCAUGCAGGCCAUCGUGGGAGGGCUGGAACUUUCUGUGGCCUUUGCUCAUCAGGACGACAGAGAACGUGUGCUGGAAGCAGCGAAGCUCUUGGGGUGGAACACUGAGGAGAGCCACCGAGACAGCACGGACGAUAGCGACGAAUGGGAGCAGAGCUCCAGCCCCCUGACAGUGACCAUCUCCAUCCCAAGAGUGUGGCUCCCAGUCCACUGUGUCCUGCUCACGGGGCAGAUGCACCUGGAGCAAAGCACCUACUGCUACCUCAGGUAUAAGCUGUAUGACCAGGAAGCCACGUGGACUUCGCUUCGGAGGCCAAAACUGAGCGACACAAAGACCGUUACGGUGAACUUUAAGAAACCAGUCAAGGUGACCCUCAGAAGGAGCCAAGGACUGCUUUGGUUCCUCAGAGAGAAGAAAUUAGAAAUCCAGGUGUGGUGGGCAUAUGGUAAGGAGAAUGAUGUGGAAAGACCACUUGAUACAGAUCGGCUCAUCGGAUCUGCCUACGUCGACCUCGCAGAGUUAGCAGAGAGGUCGAGGACAACACUAAGUGUUAGUGGAGUUUAUCCAUUGUUCAGAUGCAAUGCUGCAAACCUAGCAGGAGGUGCUCUGCGUGUUCACAUCGUCCUUUCCUCCACGUCCACUCCUCUGCCCAGCAGACUUUAUGGUGCUGAGGAAUACAGCAACAGCGAAGAGGAAGGCACAGAGAGAGCCCCUGAUCUGAGCCAACAGGUCUCUGAAAAUCAGGCUCAGAACCUGGAGAUCCUAAAUUCAGAAACCCCCAAUGGCAAACCACCAGAAGAAGAUGUGAUGUUUCUGGAAAACACAGUUGCUGUCCAUAUCCUUGUGGAAAGAGCAAUGCAUCUAAGUUUAAAAGGGAGUCCUCUGACAGACCGUGAGGUAACAGCCCCCAGUAGCUGUGUAUCUUUUGCUGUUGCUGGUGCAGAUGCUCCAGUCACCACCUGGGUCGUAGAAAAUACAGACUCGCCAGUCUGGGACUUCCAGCAACAAGCAAGAUUAUCCAAAGAGCUUCUGGUGGACCCACAGCAAACCUUGGUCUUCAAAGUGUGGCAUAAAGCAG